UCCAAAUUAUUUUCAAGGCUCGAUAAUUGUUUAUGAAUGAUUUCAAGUCCAAUUUCAAGUAUUUGGGACUUGAUUAUUUAUUCGAAAAGUGAUUCUUUUAUCGAUUUUAAUUUCGAAAAAUGUUUAAAAAUUCUAGAAAAUUUCCGAAAAAUCAUUUUCAAUUCGAUAUUUGAUUUGACAUCAAUUGGGAUGGGAAACCUUAUGAGAAAUGCACUGUCAGCUCUCUGUUUGAUGCGUUAUUAUACCGAAAGGGAGUUAGAAAACGGUUUUGAACAUAUCUUUUGAUCCGUAAGGCGGAAUCGAGUGAAACGAAAGAGAGAUGAAAGCUUAUAAAGCCUAUUUUAAUGUGACAUAAUAAUAGGAUUGAGUCGAGAAUGUGACUAUGUGUUGUUUAAAAUGUAGAAUGUGAGUAUAUGUGAUCUAAUUGCUAUAAAUCGAUGAUUACGUGUUAAGUGAUAUUUGAUAAAUGAUUUAUAUGACAUAGUGUCAUGAUUUGAUUAGUAUUGGAUAAGGACAUAUGGAUUAUAGGAAUUGGAAUUGGUUGAUUGGGUGUUGAUUGAGAUAGGAUAACAGGUGGAUAGUCUUAUACAUAGACGAAACGAUGUCGGAUUUUCGAUAAGGAUUGAUAUGAUAAUUGAUUGGUGAUAUGUUAUGUGGAAUAUGAUUGAUUAUAUGUUAGAGUCAAAGCAUGCUUAUGUGUUACGUGGUAUGUGAUAUGUUUAAAGGGGUAUAUAAGUGGAUAUCGAUAUACGUGAUAUGUAUAUGCGAUAUAUUGUUUAGUGACUAUAGCAUUAUCUUAUUCUCGUAAAGGAUUUGGACGAGACGUGUACGCUCGAAGACGUCAGAAAGUCGGAAUGGUAUUGCAAAGCGAAUAAGGGAUGAUUGAGUAAGCGAAGCGAAGUGGCGAAUAGAGUAUAGCUAGAGAUGGUCUAGAGAUUACGAGAUGCAUAGAUUGUGAAAGUGGAGAGAUGAGAUAGAGAUGUGAGACUGGAGUCAGAUUUAAGAAAGGAUUAAAGAUGAAUGGCUAGUCUAUGAUGGUGAGUAAAGUUAAGGCUAGGCGAGGAGUCAGAGGUGUUAGGGAUCCAGUGGUCGAGAAGUGUCCAGGAAGAUUGAUAAGGUUGAUGCUAGCUCGAGUUGUGCUAUUGAGAUUCAGAUGUAAGUCAUAGCUGGAAUAGUUGACAGUGAUUCUUCUUAUCGAAGAUGAUCUGAUUUGGUAAGAGAUGUUGUGUAAUAAUAGUGUUUGAUUCUAAUUUCAAUACUGUAACCUGGAAGCGAUCCUGUUGUUUUGGGGGUGAAGAUGUUCUCUUUUAAAUCUUUUAUUUAACGUCUUUCAAAUCUUUUAUUAAAUGUUUUCAAGUUUUAAAUUAUUUGGAUUCAUUAUCUUUAAAAAAAAAAUACAGGAUUUCAAAAGUGUUUAAAAAUGGGUUUUAUGUGGUGACGUCAGAAUCCAGACCCCCGGAUUCUUGGACCGUCACACCCAUCCCAUGGCUCACUCUCCAGCUAGGCCUCUAGGCCCUUUUCUACCUCAACUACAAGGUGGCCUUAUCGGAGAGGUCAGGUGCUUUAUUCUACUAAGUCCUUUGGGCUCUCAUCAUCAGGACUACGCCUUCCAUUUCGGGUUACAUCACCCCAUACGAGGAUGAACGGGCUCCCUCGCCCCAUAGAGGAUGAUUGGGCUCCCUCGCCCCAUACGAGGAUGAUUGGGUUCCCUCGCCCCAUAGAAGAUGAACGGGCUCCCUCGCCCCAUACGAGGAUGAACGGGCUCCCUUGCCCCAUAGAGGAUGAUCGGGUUACAUCACCCCGUAAGAUGAUGAAUGGGCUCCCUCGCCCCAUAGAGGAUGAACUGGCUCCCUCGCCCCAUAGAGGAUGAUGAAGAUGUGAAGGCUCGUGCCUGGACCCGUUGGGCCCACGAGUAUGGAUCUCAAGGUCUUUACCUCCGCUUAUUGGAUCAUUAUCUACAUUUCGACCAGCUCCAUGACAGCCUCUUGUCAUAUGGGCCUAGGCCAUGCGAGUACGGGCCUCUUUUGACGGCAGCCCUCAAGGUCCUACGGACCUGGGCCCUGAUGGACCGGACUGACACUUAGCCCAUGCUAAGAAGUUUGGCCUGUAAGAACUACGUGGUAGCUUGAACCCCUAUAAAUAAGGGUACGUAGGCCUCUUGUGCUAAUAAGCUGAUUCUUGAUGAGAAACGUCUGAGAACACUUUCUCUCUUUCUCUCGAGGAUCAAACCACAAGAUCAGCUACACCAUCCAUCACUCUCCGUCCCGUGUUCUUCGGAUAUUCUUCCUACAAUCACGUAAGUGCCCACAUUUGUUGUUAACUAAUUUCUCCCGUUAACAAAAUAAUUACAUAAUAAUCUUAUAAAUUAGUUUAUUAUGUCUAUUUGCAUUUUAAAUUCUUUUAUGUUGUAUCUUUUCUUUUUAUAUAAUAAUUACCCUUUUAUUAAAUGUUUUCCAUGAAUUUCAUUCUUUUCAAGAAUUAUAGAUAUAUCUCAAAUGAAUAAAACUCAAAUUUGUUUAAAAUUCAUAUAUUAAUUUUCCAUAAAUGUUUUAAGUAACCUGUUUUAAUUUUAUAAAAAAAAUAAUAUUUUUAUUUUUUAUCUAGUUUUUAUUAUAUACAUAUUUUUUAGUUCUUGAGGCCUAAUUCAUAUUUUAGCACAUGACCCCAAAAUUCUCUCAGACGGCCCUGGCUCGCUGCAUAAACUAAAAUAUUGAAGAAUACUAGAACAACUAGUGCUAUAAUCCGAUCCGGGCAGCUCGCGAGCUCGCCCGGCUCGAACUCGUUUUGAUGGGCUCGGCUCGGCUCGUUUAGUUAAUCGAGCUCGAGUUCGGGCAGAGGUUUUGGCUCGUUUUGUUAAACGAGCUGGCUCGGCUCGACUCGUGAAAAUUAACGAGUCGGAUUCGGGUUGCAUUUUAGGCUCGAUUUAGUGUUAAAUUAAACGAGCCGGCUCGCCCGACUCGUUAAACUCGGCUCGUUUAACUAAACGAGCCAGCUCGACUCGACUCGUGAAAAUAAACGAGUCGAGUUCGGGCAAAGGUUUAGGCUCGUUUUCUUAAACGAGCCGGCUCGGCUCGACUAAAUAAAACUCGGCUCGAAUUAUGCCCGGCUCGAAACUCGGCUCGCCCGGACCGAAUAACAGCCCUAAGAACAACCCAAGAUGUUUUAGGCGGAUCUUAUAUUGAAAACAAUUCGGACUUGUCAAGACAAAAGAUACGACGCCAAUCUUAUGAUCCUCUGUUGUUUACAUAGAUAACACCGUGGCCACAUCGAUGCCGGCAUAUGAAGCUAAGUCAAUUCUACGUAGUAUAUUAACAAGUUGCUAGUAUAAGUGCAACUCAUCUUCCAUAUCUAAGCAUUUUAAUUUCUUUGUCCUAGAAAUAGACAUGGAUGAUUUAUUUCCAAGAGCAGCGAAUUCAAGCCCUUUGACACCUCUAGGAUUCCUGGACAGAGCUGCUGUUGUUUACGGAGACUGCCUUUCUCUGGUUUACGGCGACACUACCUACACUUGGUUAGAAACUCGUGACAGAUGUCUCAAACUCGCUUCUUCUAUUUCUCGUCUUGGACUGGGAAGAGGCGACGUUGUGUCCGUUAUAGCGCCUAAUAUUCCAGCCAUGUAUGAGCUCCAUUUCGCUAUUCCUAUGGCUGGUGCCAUUCUCAACACCAUCAACACGCGCCUGGACGCACGCACCAUCUCUGUCAUUCUUCGCCAUAGCGAGUCGAAGCUUGUUUUUGUGGACUACGAGUCGAGUUCGGUUGUUUCAGAUGCGGUGUCUAUGUUUCCAACAAGCACUAAGGCACCGCUUUUGGUUUUUAUUGCGGACUUGGGGAGUGAGGACUCCCCUGCACUUUCGGCGAUUGAUUUUCAUUUUAGUUAUGAGAAAAUGGUACAAAAUGGUGAUGUGGAUUUCAAGUGGAUCCGGCCUAAGAGCGAAUGGGAUCCACUGACAUUGAAUUACACCUCAGGGACGACUUCAGCUCCGAAAGGCGUGGUGCAUAGCCACAGGGGAACGUUCAUCGUGACAUUAGACUCUCUAGUGGGAUGGUCUGUUCCGAAACAACCGGUCUACUUGUGGACUUUACCCAUGUUUCAUGCCAAUGGUUGGAGUUACACCUGGGGAAUGACAUCGGUUGGGGGCACCAAUAUUUGUCUCCGGAAAUUCGAUGCUCGCACCAUCUAUUCGGCCAUUAACAGACACGGAGUUACCCACAUGUGUGGUUCCCCUGUAGUGCUCAAUAUGCUGUCCAGUUAUCCUGAAGCGAAAGCGCUCAAUUCCCCUGUCCAACUCCUGACCGGAGGGGCUCCUCCUCCUGCAGCCGUGCUUUUAAAAGCCGAAUCCAUGGGGUUCUUGGUGACUCAUGGUUACGGGCUCACAGAGACUGGCGGAGUCACUGUUUCAUGUGCUUGGAAACUAAAAUGGAAUCACCUCCCGGCUACUGAGAUGGCAAGGCUCAAGGCUCGACAAGGGGUGAAAACAGUGGGGAUGACUGAGGUGGACGUUAUUGACCCCGAAUCCGGUGUCAGUGUCAAGCGAGACGGAACAAGUCUAGGAGAAAUAGUCCUGAGAGGUGGGUGUUUGAUGCUUGGUUACCUUAAAGACCCCGAGGCAACCGCCAAGUGCAUGCGCGAAGACGGAUGGUUCUACACUGGAGAUGUCGGUGUGAUGUAUCCGGACGGCUACUUGGAGAUUAAGGACAGAUCCAAGGAUGUGAUUAUAAGCGGUGGCGAGAAUAUUAGCAGCGUGGAGGUCGAAUCGAUCUUGUACACACAUCCUUUGAUAAACGAGAGCGCGGUGGUGGCACGGCCUGAUGAGUAUUGGGGAGAGACACCUUGCGCAUUUGUGAGUUUGCACGAGGAUUCGAAGAGGAGGGAGUUGAAGGACAAGGACAUUAUAGAGUUCUGCAGAAGUAAGUUGGCGCAUUACAUGGUGCCUAAGACAGUGGUGUUUAUGGAGGAGCUUCCCAAGACAUCAACUGGUAAGAUUCAGAAGUUCGUGCUCCGAGAAAGGGCCAAGAAGAUGGGAUCAACAAACACUAGGAGUCGCAUGUAAGAAAGAUAAUAAAAUGUCUGCCCUGCACUACCCUUGAUCUGAUAACAAGCACCCAGAGGCAUGCAGUUCGGGACCAUUUAACUUAUCUGUAUCUAAACAUUAAUUGAGUUUUGCUUUUGCAAUUUCUGCGCACACAUAUAAUAUGUAACAUAUUUAUACUUUGUUAUUUGUAAUUUGCUCGCCUAGUCA